AUGGCGCUUCAGCCUACAGGGCCGGCACUGGGCCUUUUUCUUCUUUCAAUUAUUCUACUCUCGUUCUCAUGGCUGACUAUGGGUUUGAGAAUUUGGGUGCGAACGAGUAUCAGAUCGAUGGGGCUCGACGAUUAUAUGAUGGUUGCUGGCUUAGCUUUUUACACAGCAGCAUGUAUCUCAACUAUCGCAGGAUCUUUGAAUGGCGUCGGCUCUCCACCAGAGAUGAUUACAGACUACUAUGACAAGCAGGGCAGGAUGUGGUUCAUGUUUUUCCAGCUCUUCUAUGUUCUUUCGACCGUUCCUAUAAAGGCAUCUAUCUGUGUCGCCCUGAUUAGAAUUACAAACCAAAAGAUAUAUCACUAUAUCAUAUACGCCGUCAUUACUUUGUCAACUAUCGCUGCUGUGGUCACUGAUAUCGCCGUACUCGCUUGGUGUAAACCUGUCUCCGCAACUUGGGACCCAAGCCUGGGAUCAUGCGCCGACGCGAGUCUAAUUACCAACGUGUCCUACUACAUUUCAGCGACGUCGAUCCUUACGGAUUGGACCGUUGCUGUGUUGCCAGCCUGCAUCCUAUGGGAUGUCCAACUGCACUACAGAAUAAAGGUUCCAGUGAUGAUUCUUCUGGGAUUCGGGUUCGUUGCUAGUACUGCGACACUCGUCCGUUUACGAUACCUCCUUGCCUACAACGCCACGGAAUCCUAUCUCCUCAACAUUGCACACAUCGCGAUUUGGUCCAUAACUGAGUCAGGAUUAGGCCUGAUUGCCGGUUCCAUGGCCACACUGCGCCCCUUACUCAAGUACAUUCCAUGGCUUGGUUCUAUAUCAUCAUCCAGCGGCGGUGCCACAACAAAGUCAGGAAAAAGUCGUCAACCGGGUGCCAGCUCACACAGGAUGCAGUCACUGGCCCACCGCAGUGAGAAUGCCACCUUUCAUACCGUGGUCCAAGGCGGUGACAACGAAUACUGGGAACGGUUGUCGGAUAACGAGAGUCAGAAGCAUAUAAUGGGCGUCACUAGUCACCCGGGCGGCAACAUGAAGGGCAUUACUGUAACGACAGAUGUCGUUCUACAAGAGAGCACAUCCGACGACCCCAGUGUUGCAGCUAGUAAGCCGUAG